GUGAUCUGUAGCUUGCUGGAUUCUGGUCACGUGGUCACGUCCGAGCUCAUGGGGGGUCUUCUGAGCAAAAUGCGACCGUCGCUUUUAAAGCAGAAAAGCCCCAACCUGACCUGUCAGUGUUGGCCGUGGUGUACCUCCAGACGCAGAAAUCAAACUUGGGUGCACAACAGAGGUUUUGGUGCAUCUUCAACUGCAAUCAGGCGUUCGGGAUCAGGUGAAUCCAGAGUCCUGUACACCUCAUCCGCGCCACAGUGGCAGGAGCACAGACUACCCUGCGGCCUGAUGCCUUCACAGGUUUCGGAACUUCUUGACCGCGACAUCACGCCGGAUGACUAUGAGAUGCUGUUGCAGCUGGAUGAUGCGCUCUCACGGCCCACGGCAGACAAACAGAGCUUGGAGAAGAGUUUGCAGUCGGUGCGUGCGAAGGAGGUCUUGGACCAGAUGUGCUCUGUGUGCCUCCAUCCCUUUGAAAGGAACGACGCAGUAUCCGCUUUGCCUUGUUCGCAUAUCUUCCACGAGGACUGUAUCUCCAGAUGGUUGCUGGAAAGAUGCACAUCAUGUCCUCUUUGUAAUGACUGCAUAAAGAUGUCUUGAGAGGGGGAUACAUGAGAAGACCAUGAGAGUUUUCAGACGGUCCUCUCACCCAGCUCUGCAAAUGCAACGGGCUGCCAGAUUUUAAGAUUUGAACAAAGAUGGUUGAACACAACAUUCCAAACUUUG